UCUUCCUCAAUUUUGUUGAAUGAUAGUGACAAACCUUUUCGUCGAAUUUUAACUGAACUUUAUGCUCCCACGCGAGACGUCGAUGUGUUUACCUUUGAGGACGUAGAAUUGCCUAGAGAGUAUGAUAACGAGUAUUGA